AUGUGUGAUUCCAUCAAAGCAGUACAGAGGGGGAAAUUUAGAGCACUGAGCAUCUACAUGAGAAAAGACCUAUUGAAGUGGCAAGUAAGGAAGUGGCGAGUAAGGAAGCAUUGGCUCUUCUCGGGCUGCCUUCUCUGUUCAGGCCCUGGCCCUGGGCUUUUGUGUGCACAGAGCAGCAGCCGCCGCUUCCUUGCGGGGCCGCCGGACCCCAGAUGCUGUCAGGAUUGUCCGGUGUCUGCCGUUAACCUCGCCGCGCGGCGGCCGGAGAGCGGGGCCGGGCGGGGCCAGCAGACCGGGCCGGGCCGGGCGGGCAGGAGCGCCCCCGGGGUGGGGUGGGGUGGAGGCGGGGAGUCCCGCGGGGGGUGGGGGGAGGGCCAGGGCGCGGAGUCGCGGAGGUGGGGUCACUGGUGUUGGCUCCGGGUGGAGGCCGGCCGCGAGGGGAAGGAGGCCGUGGGGGCGGCUCAGCGGAAGCCGCCCGAGUUGCGGAGCCGCGGCAACUCCGGGGGCCGGGGCCAGGGCUUUCUGGGCUUCGGUAAAGCGGCCACGGGCCUCAUCUUCCGGCGGUCGCCAGAGUUUGUAAUGAUUGUUGCUGCCGCCGCCGUCACUGCCCCGGUUGCCAUCUCCUCCUCCUCUUCCUCCUGGGCCGGGCGGAUCCCUUCCCCGCUACCGCCUCCU